UUUGGGACGCAUGGAGGGACAUAAAGAUACCCUUGAGAUCGACAAGGCUGCGCAGAAGCUCACCGAUGAGAUUCAGUCUAUGAGUAAUUACAAAAAUCUCUACAAUGAAAUCCAGAGGCUCGUCGCCUCGUCGGUGGUCAAGAAGGAGAAUUUCAAGGGAACGUUGACCGAAGCACUCAAGAACAAUGGACUCGAGACAGAGAUCAGGAACACCGUAUUCCACUGGGCGCGUUCUCAAGGUCAUCUUCGAUCCAUACCGGAAGUGCGUCCGCCUGAUGCAGACCUCAAUUACCUCAGGAAGGCGCAAAUUCAGUGGGAGAGGAGGAUUCAGAAAUCUUUGAACUCCAUGUGCAAUGAGUUGAAUGUUCCGCUUGCUAGGAUUCGACCGAGUGCUGAUAAGGAAGAGCUCGCGGAGAAGUGGAAUGAGUUGAGUACUUACGAUAUUGGUGAGUAUCUCCAUCACGCGAUUUAUUUACGAUCAAUCGAAUAUCGAUUGGUCGUCCAUCGAUUUCAUUCGAUAUUUGUCUUCCUCGAUCGAGCCCCGAUAUUUCCGAGAGACAGAACUGCGAUUGCUCCAUUCUCCUGGAGCCUUUCUGUCAUUCGCCGGACAGUGGUCACGUGGGUUAACCUCGUGACACCUUCAGGUAGUACUCAAGGGCGCCUCAGAUUCAAAUUUCUUUUUGGUUUAUCAGAUUUAUCUCAGUACAGACCGCUGUACGCGCCCAAGGACUUCCUCGAGGUUUUAUUCUCCGUUCGUGAUCCUGGAUUCAAGAAACAGCCUAAUGAACCCAACUGGGAGUUCAGCCAUGUUCAAAUACGAGUGAAGCAGCUUGGAGAAUUGAGGGAAACUUACGCUGAAUUAUCGCAAGGAGUUGCUCUCCUGGGGGUCAAUGGAGAAAUGCCAGCCGCUGGAAAUUUCCCCAAUCUCGAAGCUGAGAGAACGAUUUUGGGAGAAAAGGUCUUGACCUUGAAUCAUGCUCCCAUAGCUCAGGAAUUCCUGAAGCGCGGAGCCCCGCGAGCUCUGAGAGGACAACUGUGGUCUCUUGUGCUGGGGUCAAUCGUUAAAGAUCUUGACGUUGAAUAUUACGAGGAACUGAAGAGUAUGGUUCUACAAUACGACAUAAUGGUGGAUAAACUCAUCAUCAAGGACGUGCAGCUGACGGCUAGCAACGAUGAUCAGUACUUCGUCUUCGAGGAUGUACUUUACAAAACGAUGUUGUGCUUCUCGAGGGACUCUGAAGUGUUGGCUCCUGUCACGACUGACAGAAGUGCGGGGGGUCAGGUGAUCCAUGCCGUUCUCCAGGGGAAGCCUGCAGCACUGGAGAAUACUCUGGUGUUUCCGCCGAGUGGAGUCAUUCCAUUUCAUGGGUUCACGAUGUAUGCUACACCAUUUUGCUACCUCUACGAUGAUCCCUGCACUAUGUACUACACAUUCCGAGCAUUUUACCUACGAUAUUGGUUUCGCCUGCACACUGUAUCCAGUCACGAGCAGGGAAUCGUCGCAUUAUGUUUAUUAUUUGAGAGAUUACUCCAGUGUCACGAGCCCCAGCUCUGGGCGCAUUUCCGUAGCAUGCAGAUACAACCUGUCAAAGUUGUUUUCAAGUGGCUGAUGAGAGGAUUUAGUGGUCACCUACCUCCAGAGCAACUUCUCUACCUCUGGGAUCUCAUCUUGGGAUACGAUUCACUGGAAAUUAUUUCACUCCUAGCCGUCACCAUAUUGAGCUUUCGCAAGGAGAAUCUCCUGCAAGUCAACAAUCUUCACAAUGUUGAAGCUGUUCUCGCGGACUUGUCGUCGUUGAAAGUUAUGCCUCUUCUUCAACUCGUCCUGAUCAAGGAAUGAACGUUAGACUUUCAAAACUGUUAGUCAAUUUGAUCCAUGUCAUUUAAAUUGAUGGUAUGUAACUGCUUUUCCUCUGGAUUAUUCACAACAAAUCAAAUAAAUUAAUGAUAAUAAAAUGAAUAAAAUAGA